GUCGGUAUGUACCUAGUCUUAGGUAUCAAAUGUUUGCUCUCAGACAUAAUAGCGUCGCCAUUGGCUGCAGGCUAAGAAAUUGUAGGCGUAGGCAGGCGAAUUGUUACGUGUAAGUGCCCUGAAGGAAAAAAAAUUUAAGGAAGAAAAAAAUUAUUUGAUGGCGGCAGCGGCACCCAACAACUUCUUUUUACUUACAACCUUUGGAGGGGACAGUGACAGGGUUGCCGCCUUCCCCCACUUCGCCUCUCCCACCAGACCAGUCCAGUCUUCUUGCCCUCUCAUCAAAUUCCCCAUCGCUGUGAACCAACUACUUCACUACUACAACUUUCUCUUUCACCUUCCUCCUCACAGUUGGACUUGAAUCAAAGUUCAACUUUCCCGUUUCAUCAAUCAAAUUCAUCACCGCAUCCGCCCACCCGUUAUACCUUAACACACUGUGUGCGGGUUCUUCAAGUCCAUUACUUGUGACUUCACCAUUCAGCUGGAUACACAAUAACUUCAUACUUCUAAUCUUCUACCUGCAUUUUUCUUUGUCGCCUCCAUUCUAAUUAUUUCCUUGUGGGCUGCCAAGUGCUUGACCCGACAUCGAUAUACUCGCUUGCGAAUUUAAUCAUAGUCUGCACCAUCGGCGACGGAACCAUCAACAAUGGCGGAGCCUAUUAAGAAUCGUCGUGCAGAAGUCCCUGCUCCUACUCCGCAGAAUACACCUGCGAGCAAUGCCCCCAUCUCUUCUCAUGCCCAACAACCGGGCGUUGCUAGCAUCAAGGAAGAGGACCUCGAUCGCGCUGCAGCCGCUUCUAUCUUUGCCCAGAACCCUAAAUUGGUUCAGAUGAUUCAAGGCCGACUUGGCUCCCUAGUUGGUCGAUCUUCCGGUUACAUAGAGUCUCUGCCUAGCGUCGUUCGUCGUCGUGUUGCCGGCUUGAAGGGCAUCCAGAAAGAUCACUCGAAGCUAGAGGCCGAGUUCCAGGAAGAAGUUCUCCAGCUGGAGAAGAAGUACUUCGCCAAGUUCACUCCUCUCUACGAGAAGCGUGCUGCCAUCGUCAACGGCAAGGAUGAACCUACUGACGAGCAGGUUAAGGCUGGUGAAGACGAGGAGGAUGAGAAGGACGAAGCUGAAGCUGAAGCCGAAGCCGAAAAGGGAGAAGAGAAGGCGGCUUCCGAGACUGCUGAGCUCGUUAAGGGAAUCCCAGAAUUCUGGCUGUCCGCCAUGAAGAACCAGAUCUCUCUUGCUGAGAUGAUCACCGACCGUGAUGAGGCUGCCCUCCGCUACCUGACUGAUAUUCGGAUGGAGUAUCUCGACAAGCCGGGAUUCCGCCUCAUCUUCGAAUUUGCCGAGAACGAGUUCUUCACUAACAAGACUAUCACCAAGACGUAUUUCUACCAGAACGAGAGUGGCUAUGGUGGCGAUUUCAUCUACGACCAUGCCGAGGGUGAUAAGAUCGAGUGGAAGGAGGGUCGCGAUCUCACUGUUCGCAUCGAGAGCAAGAAACAACGAAACAAGAACACGAAGCAAACUCGUAUCGUCAAGAAGACGGUUCCCACCGAGUCAUUCUUCAACUUCUUCUCGCCCCCUAAGGCCCCCACCGACGAUGAUGACAACGACGCUGCCUCGGACAUCGAGGAGCGUUUGGAGUUGGACUACCAACUCGGUGAGGACAUCAAGGAGAAGCUGAUCCCCCGGGCUAUCGACUGGUUUACGGGUGAGGCUCUGGCUUUUGAGGAACUCGACGACCUUGACGACCAAGAGUUCGACGAGGACGACGAUGAAGAUGACCUCAGCGAAGAUCGCGAUGACGAGGAGGAAGAAUCUGAUGACGAUGAUGACGGUGCGAAGCCGAAGCAGGAGGCGCAAGAGUGCAAGCAAAGCUAAAUCUUGCCCCUUUCCUCUAACACUCUCUACUUAAUUCACGUCGCGGAUCCUAGUUGGAAAGGAGAGAAGGUAGUAAAGGCUGUUGAGGCUAUUUUAUCCUUCCUAACUCAAUCCCUUCUAUUGUUCUUUCGACCAAGACAGAUUUAAUAUUGCGAAUUUGUCGACGCUCUGCAGAGGUCACCCAGAAAAUGGUCGUGAAAUCAUGUGCAAAAUAGACUGGUCACUCCCAUUAGGUUCUAGGCUGCUUUCGGAAUCUCGUUCUGUAUUGCUUGGUAGUUCUCUUCGUUUUCUUCCAGCAUGAGGCUGGUCUGGAGUAGUCGGUUGGCCGGAAAGGUGGUCGCAUUUUACGAACAGAGGCAUUGGAGGUGGACCUAAAUAGGCAUACUUCAGGCUGACACGAGGGGAGGAAAAGGUCAAGUUGCUUGGCUCGUCGAUAGUGCAUUCAACCAAAGAAUCAUAUGAAAGUUGACGGAAGUUCGCGUCUUGCAUAUAUGUACAUCGGAUGUUGCACGUGGAGUUGAUUUGCUCUCCCCUUGCGUAUUGUAUCGUUGCUCCACGUGCUGCCCGCACAAAUUUGUGAAAUAAACGCCCCCCUUUUUAAUAUUUCCCGAGUGCUUACCUACCUAGGUACAUAUCCUUACAACUAGUUAAUUUUCCAA